GGACCUGGAUGUUCCUCACUUGGGAUUGGGGCAAUGACUGAAUUAGGACCUUUCAGAGUUAACAGCAACGGCAACACACUGUUUCAAAACGGCUAUGCAUGGAACAAUGUGGCAAACGUAAUCUUCCUGGAAUCUCCAGCUGGGGUUGGCUUUUCAUAUUCAAAUACUUCUUCAGACUACGACCACACAGGUGAUAACACAACUGCAGCCGAUGCCUUUACUUUUCUUGUAAACUGGCUGGAGAGGUUCCCUCAAUAUAAAACCAGGGAUUUUUACAUCACUGGGGAGAGCUACGCCGGUCACUACGUCCCUCAGCUUGCUGAAAAUAUUCUGUUCCAUAAUAUGUUCUCAAACCAAAGUUCCCAACAAAUAAAUCUAAAAGGAAUUGCGAUUGGCAAUGGAGUGAUUAACGAGAUUACAGAUGAAAUGGGGAGCGUUGAUUAUAUCUGGACUCACGCUUUAAUAUCAGACGAAUCAUACAAAGGCAUAUACAAAUAUUGUGACUUCGUGAACCAAAAUUUUUCGGGAAAGUGUGAGGACUUUUUGGAUAUGGCAGGAGAGGAGAUAGGAGAUAUAGAUGGCUACAACAUUUAUGCCCCACUUUGUGAAGUUACUAUCCAGGACAACAACUCAACUGGUUCAUUGAAGGAUUUUGAUCCUUGCUCAGACCAUUACGUGGAGUUUUACCUGAAUAUUCCAGAGGUUCAAGCCGCUCUUCAUGCAAAUCAUACAAAAUGGCAGGCUUGCAGUGAUGUAAUUACCAAUUGGGUCGACUCGCCCUCUACGGUCCUACCCGCCAUCAAGGAUCUCAUGACUUUUGGUGUACGAGUGUGGAUAUACAGUGGCGAUGUAGACGCUGUUGUGCCAGUUACAUCGACUAGGUAUUCAAUAGCGGCCCUCAACCUCACCGUCAAGACUCCUUGGUAUCCAUGGUACACCAAUGGAGAGGUGGGAGGAUAUGCAGAGGCAUAUGAAGGAUUGACAUUUGUGACAGUGAGAGGAGCUGGACAUAUGGUUCCAAGCUACCAACCAGGGCGAGCACUCACCAUGAUUUCAUCAUUCCUUCGAGGAGUUCUCCCUCCUUCAAAAUGAUUGAAUCGUCCCCUCUUC